AUGUCAGACUUGAUUGAUCAUCGGUUUGACACCAGCAAUGAACCAACGAACACGGACACAUCCACAGUUCUGGCCGCAAUCAGGGGCCAGGGACUGCCACCAACAAAGGACCUGCCUAAGUCUAUUCCAGAACCCAGCGAGAUUACCGAUCAUGGGCAUCAGAGGUAUAAUGAGUUGAAGAACGAGAACCUUAUUCCAUGGCUUCCAGUAGACGACGAUGAACACGAAGGCAAUCUCUCAGACCGAAUCCUUGAGGCAAGCUGUGAAAACUCUCAGGACAGACAGGAGUUUCUGCCCAAAGGUCAAUUGGACAGACUGAUUCAUCCCAGUUCAGUUCGCCUGGAGCUCAGAAGACGGCUGCCAAAUCUUACAGAGGACGAAAUCAGAUCUUACGCCAAUCGCAUAUGCCACGGUAGAGCCGAAACAAUCGACAAAAGUACCACAGAGGAUUUGGUCAAGUCGUAUCAAAAAGUCUUCGCGGUUUUAGUCCUCGUCAACAAGGUGGAUACUAUUGAGUUGUUCCUGGGAGAAAAUGUGUGCGAUGCAGACUUGCCACUUCAAAGAUACACCAGGAAAAAGGAUUCAGAGCGUCGCAAGUUGGAGUUACGACGCAAGAAGCAACCAGGCCGUCGGCUGGAUUCCUUCAGGUUAUGGGACCAAGCUGCCAUAAGGAACUUUGAAAAGUACCAAUGGGCUGUGGUUCCUCCAUUUUUCACGAAGGGCAAAAGGAAAAACGUACAACAUUACGUUCUUGAGCCAUCAACAGUGCUGCCAUUCAUUUUCACCGAGAACGCAAGUAGCGGCCGUCGAGGCGGUUACAGCCGAGUUUUCGAAGCCGAUAUCCAUCCGGACCACCACAAUUUUAAUGGUCCUCAACGGAAUGAGCAGGACACAUCAGAGGUAUUCCCCACUCUCAACUUUAGAACUUCUCUCUCUAAUACCAUCAUCAAGCCUUCACAAAACACCUUUGCGAUCAAACGGCUACAAGACUUAACAAGCAAAGAAGCGUUCCAAAAGGAAGUCCAAAUCCUCAAAAGAUUCAGUGGGGAUACCCAUCCGCAUCUCAUUUCUCUGCUUGCAACAUUCGAGCGGAGUGGCGUAUUCUACCUGAUAUUCCCAUGGGCAGGAGCUGAUUUGAAGACUUACUGGAAGUCCAAGAAUCCAAGACCAAUGCACGACGCGGACACUGUUAUAUGGAUGGCAGAACAAUGCAGUGGCUUGGCCGAAGGUCUUACCAAACUUCACCAGUACGAGACUGGGCUCAACGAUAAGACAGAAUCUUCGAAAAAGGAGUUUCUAGCGCCAAAUGUUGUUCUGAAUGGUGGCAAAGACUCUGGAAGACCUGGUCCACUAUAUGGGCGGCACGGAGACAUUAAGCCCGAGAAUAUCCUUUGGUUCCCUGAUCCAAAGGUCUCUUGUCACAAAGGAACCCUGAAAAUCUCGGAUUUUGGGCUUUCUGAGCUCAACAGUCGGUACAAUCCAGGAGAAACUGAGUCGAACUGCUUCUUCGAGAUCAGAGAGGAUGGGAAGGAUGCACGUGUCGAUGCAUUCGUCAAGCCAGCAGUUACAAAGGUCAGACUUCUGUUCCCAGCACCGGUCAUCACUUGA